AGUGCAAGAACUCCGUUUGAAAUUCCACAUCUGCUACUAUGGCCGCACCAUUCAAAGAUGCCAGCAAGACUACUCUUGGGAAGAAUACCAUACCAGUUCCUCCCACGUUUUCUGACCCGCUCGAACAUCGGGCGUUCCUGAAGUUUCGCUUGGCUCAAGCAUAUCGUAUCUUUGGAAAGUACGGUUAUGACGAAGGCGUCUCUGGACAUAUCACUGUCCGGGGCGUUCACUUCAAGAUCAUACAGCCUGAGGAUCUACUUCUAGUAGACCACGGAGGGAAGAUACAAGAAAAUGAAUCUGGACCUUCCCGGUUCCUCAAUCGGGCGGCGUACAUGAUCCAUUCAGCGGUUCAUGAAGCUCGCCCAGAUGCUGUCUGCGCCGCGCAUUCGCACACUACGUAUGCUAAGGCGUUCAGCGCUCUUGGGGUGCCUCUUGAUCCCCUUACUCAGGACAGCUGUGCGUUUUAUGAGGAUCAUGCUCUGUAUAGCGAUUUUCGUGGCAUCGUCGAUGACCCCAAGGAAGGUCUGAAUAUAGCGAAUGCUCUUGGUUCGAAAAAGAACCACGGGAUCCUCGUUGCCAGCAAGUCGAUUGAAUCUACCGUUUUCUUUUUCAUCUCUAUGGAAAGGUGCUGCAAGGUCCAAAUGGUAGUGGACCAGGCCGCCGCUGCUCGUGGACUGAAACCGUGUCUUAUUGACCCAGCAAGUGCGGCCCAGACAUGGGAAUCCCUUGGAACUGAGAAGGGGGGCUGGUUUAAUGGGAUUCCCGAGUUUCAGCUCUUGGAGCACGAAGAAGGAAAGAGAUUCGAGUAUGCUCCCGCACCAUAAGAGACCGUUUAGCUCACCUGUUUAACAAUACGGAACCCUGAAGCGUCCAGCAGUCACUAUCUCUGCUAAUAUUUGAUUCACUAAAACAUGGCAUAGGUAUUCAGUGAGCGAAAUUUGACGCUCCAGCCUACCUUGCCUAGAACAGGUGCAAGGAAAGAUAGAGCAGCCCUUACCUCUACUCGGCUAAGUGC